AUGCUUAUUCUCUCGCUCAUUUUCACUGGCGCAAUCGCCUUGGUCGGGCUGUUCGGCGGUGUUCCUACUGGGGUGUCUGACUUGUGGUUCAAUGUUCAUGUUCUUGAUGAACUGCUGUACCCGGUUGUCUACCUCGUCGAUGCAUUUUUUGACAAGUUGGAAACCAUGGACUCCGGCACAUUUCUACCGUUCAACAUGCUACGUUUGCCUCCCUCGUUACCCGCCGUUCCCGAUACUCUGCUUGAGAUCCAUAUCAUGGCUUCGACACCGACCGAGUCGUACCCCUCGAUCUCCGCAAAUUUGAUUACUACAUAUACCGCCGCAGCCAAUCAGCACUUCUUUGUCACUAUAUGCAUCGCUGGUCUCUCCCUGUCCGUCGCCACGACCCUCGUUUCCAUGCUUGUCACCAUAAUCCGAGACAGGCUUCAACAUGGUCAGGAAGGGCUCAAACACGACUCGAAGAAGGUGGCGCACACCGAGCACAACUCUGCAUCUAUCCUAUCGCAGUCCAUCAUUCCACUCAUGCCUUCUGAGGAGCCGGCGCCUCGACGUAUUAGUAGCAGUAACAGCCUUGAACUCUUUGGGUUCCCCAGCUCUUCAUUCGAUUUGCCGCUCCCCGCUGCCGCAGCUUGCGCCAAUACCGUCUUAAUUAGUGUAGAAUCGGUCCUUGCAGGCCUCGGCUCCGAUAAAUCUGAAAUCACUGCGAUGGCUUUCAGCGCAGACUCUAGUGCGACCAGAGGCAAUGCCUCCGACGCGGUCGGCACAUCGUCCCCCACUACUGCAGAUAUACCGCUUGCGGCCGCCGUCGAGGAACAGCCUGUCCCGAGCUUUGCCGCACUGCUCCCUCCCAUCGUUGACGAACUUUUGGUCCCCGUCGUGGACGAACAGUCUGUCUCCACCGCACAGGCUAUGCCCCCUGCUAGCGCAGAGCUUACUCACGCCGUCGAGGCUUCCGUUGGCGAGACCGACUCAUCUAGCGUCGGUUUAAGUCCAUCGUCGCUGCCAGAUCUCGUCUCAUCCCCAAGGCCGUCAAACCAGUCAGAGACACCCAUGACGCCCUCGGGCGUCCGUCGCAGCCGUCGGGCUGGUGCGCGGGUGCACGUCCGACAGAGCCGCGCUAUCGAGAAAUGUUUUUCGGAGUUGCAAGAACUGCCCUUUCAGAUGGAGGCUGAGCCUUCCGCUUUACCUUCGCCAGUCGUGAUACCGCCUUCGCCGGUGUCCAUCGCGCUUUCACCCCUGCAGGCGCUGAUCGCGCUCAUUCCCUUGGCAGUCCGGUCGAUUCCAUCGCCGAGUGUAAGGGCGGUUAUUGAGCCCGUAGGAGUUUCUGGUCCUUUUUCGCCUCCACGCUUGCCAGAGCCAUCCAGUAGAAGUCCGCUCCUUUCGAUGUCCAGAUUGUCGGGCCUUCGGGCAUCGCUCUGGGCACCAUCUCCGGAGGAUGGUCCUACACCCUCCCCUGCUCCCAACGCAACCGUAAUCGGUCCCGACUUCUCCCCGGGGGAUCAUCGUCACCCGCUUGCAAGCUCCAAGGCUGACAGGAGUUCAUGGUGGACAACUUCGGCGUCACCUGCUCCAAGAGUGUCGAGGUGGGAGGGCUCAAGUGAUUCUAGUUCUUCCUCGCGCACCCGUUAUCCUGGGCUAGCAGGUCUAAAGGUUGGCGGGUACAUGGGCAGACUUGCUGAACUGUGGAGUACACGUGCAGAGGAUACAUGCACUUCUGCGAGUUCACAGACGGCAGCGGGAUCAUGA